CCUGCCUUAGUGGGGGAUCACACACUGUUCCAGUGUUGAGGCGGAGCAGGUACAGCGGACACACGGGAAGAAGACAAACAUGCCGUUUCUGCCUCCGCUCUGUGUGCUGUUACUGUGGCUUGGCCUCGGCGAGCUGAUGACAUCUCCAUUGGACGCGGUAGGUGGAAAAGCUGUGGGUGAACAGGAGCUCCGCGGUCGGUGAUUUCACCGCCGGGGACUUCUGCAAAGUACAUUGAACUCUUCAACUUUAAACUGUUUAUCAUCUUGUGAAAACCCAUCGGUCCUUUCUGUGUUCGCUGGAUUUACACAUGGCCCGCUAAAAAUAAGGCUAGAGCCUCAAACAACAAUGUUUUGUCCUUUCAGGAGGUAUUUUUGUGGUUCCUGCACAAUUAGGUCAUAGAACUAAAUUUAGUCACACACGUUCAGAGCUUCGUUUUCUAAAAGCCUUAAAAUGUUUUUCAUUCUCUUCAAAAGCUUUUUCAUCCCUCCUCUAGCCAAAGAGAGACUGCUUCUUCUGCCGGUUCCUCUCCCGGCGCCUCCGCGCGGUCUCGCCGCACAGCUGUGUUGCCCGAUAUCACACAUCUGGAGCUGCUGGUGGUGGUGGGACCCGAUGUCCAGCGGGUCCACAGGCAGGACACAGAGAGAUACAUUCUCACCAACCUCAACAUUGCCUCCGAGCUGCUGAGAGACGCCACUCUGGGAGCCAACAUGCGGGUGCACCUCGUUCGCAUGAUCAUUCUGUCGGAGCCGGAGGCGGGGAUCCAGCUGUCCGCCAACAUCACCUCCUCCCUCCAGAGUGUGUGUGAGUGGGGCCGACGGAUCAACCCGCCCAACGACACCGACCCGCUGCACGCCGACCUCUCGUUGUACAUCACACGGUACGACCUGGUGCUGCCUGACGGCAACGGGCAGGUGAGGGGCGUGACGCGGCUGGGCGGCGCCUGCUCCGGCCAGUGGAGCUGCGUGGUCGCCGAGGACACGGGCUUCGACCUUGGCAUCACCAUCGCCCAUGAAAUCGGCCACAGCCUUGGAAUCGACCACGACGGCGUGGGCAACGCCUGCAGCCGGAGCGGCUUCGUGAUGGCCUCCGACGGCGGCUACGACAGCGUGGAUCUGACCUGGUCGUCCUGCAGCAGGCGGCAGCUGCUGGCGUUCUUCAGUGAAGGCAAAGCCGAGUGUGUGAAAGACCUGCCUGCGACGCGAGGCUCCCUGCAGGACUGGAAGCCGGGCCUGUACUACGGCGUGGACGACCAGUGUCGCAUAGCGUUUGGUAGCAGCGCGCGAGCCUGCUCCUUCACCAACGUCGACUGGCCGGCCUGUCGUGUUCUAUCCUGUCACAUCAACCCUCACGAUGACUCCUCCUGCAAACGACUGCUGGUUCCACUGCUGGACGGGACCGAGUGUGCGCUUAAUCAGUGGUGUCUGAGGGGGCGCUGCGUCUCCACGGAGGAGCUCGGCCCCUCUGUGGUGGUGCACGGCGCCUGGUCCGGCUGGUCUGACUUCUCCGCCUGCUCGCGGACGUGCGGCGGGGGAGUCGCUCACCGCACGCGGCAGUGCAACAAUCCAAGGCCGGCCUUUGGAGGGAGCCACUGUAAAGGCCCGGACACUGAGGCUCACCUUUGUCACCAGCAGCCAUGUGAGCGUACGCAGCUGGAUUUCAUGGCGGAGCAGUGUUCCCGAACAGACCCCCACCCCCUCUACCUCCAGCCACACACAGCAUCCUUCUACACCUGGAUCCCAGCUGUGGGCUUUGCACAAGGGGACGAGCAGUGCCGAUACGUGUGCCAGUCACAAGGAGAGAACUUCAUGGUGAGCCGCGGCGCUCAGUUUGUGGACGGGACCCGCUGUGAAUCGCGCAGGCCCCCUCCCUUCGGCUCAACAGCCGCCUGUCUCAGAGGCCGAUGCCAGCUGUUCGGCUGCGAUGGCUCGCUGCAUUCUGGGAAGGUGAGGGAUGUGUGCGGAGUGUGUGGCGGAGAUGGCUCAUCCUGCACGUUGACCUCUGACUCCUACACUGGCGGCCAGGCCAGAGAGUACACGACCUUCCUCUCUCUGCCAGUGAACGCCACACAGGUUCACAUUGUGAACAGAGCGCCUUACUUCACUCACAUGGCUGUAAGGAUUGCGGAUCGCCACGUGGUGUCUGGGACGAACAGCAUGUCUCUGAACACAACUUACCCCUCCCCGCUGGACGAUAACCGCCUCGAGUACCGCCUCCACCUGACCCCUGACCUUUUGCCGGCGAUGGAGGAGCUGCUCCUGCCUGGACCACUGCAAGAGAACGUAAACGUACAGGUCUAUCGCAAAUAUGGAAAAGAAUAUGGUGAAAAAACAAACCCGAACAUCAGUUACCACUUCUACACGCCCACCAGCAGCUCCACAAACCCAGCAGCCAUAGGCAAGUGGACUGUCUUCACAACGCCCUGCUCCGUCUCCUGUGGACCAGGCGUUCAGACACACGCUUCUGUCUGCGUAGAUGAAGAUACUGAAAGUGAGUUGGAGGAGCACAGCUGUGAAGCCCCUCCUCCAUCCAUACCACUCCACACACCCUGUCAGCUGUCCUCCUGCCCCCCCAGGUGGGAUGCAGGAUAUUUUGGGCCUUGCACUGCCUCCUGUGGUGGAGGAGAGAGAGUGCGUCCAGUAAGAUGCGUUCAGGGACACAGAGCUGACGUGGUAGUGGUUCCAGAUUCUGAAUGCCCUCCCGACACAGCUCCACUCGCAGUAGAGAAAUGCAACCUACAACCCUGUCCUGCCAGAUGGCGCGUGUCCGAGCCGGGGGAGUGCUCAGCCGUGUGCGGCCCAGGAGAAGCGAAGCGCACUGUGUCGUGUGUGCGCUCAGAAGAUGGCCAGGAAGUUGAAGUGGACCAGAACCAUUGUCCAGAAGAACUGAGACCUGCUGAUUCAGUGCCCUGUGUGGUGGACGUCUGUCCCGUUGGGUGGGAAUUUACAGAAAAGCAGCAUCGCCCGGUGGUUAAAUGUGGUUUUGUGCCGCACUCUAAACAAGCACCCGUGUAUGUGUGGAGCCCCUUCAUCAGCCAGUGCUCGAGAAGCUGUGGCAACGGGACCCUGCGGGUGUGGUUCUCCUGUGUGGACCAUCAGAGCACACGGGAGGUGCCUGACGUCCACUGUGACGCUUCCACCAAACCUAACCCUUACUCUGAGACCUGCAACGCAUCUCCCUGCCCUCCCGCGUGGCGCACUAAGCAAGGGGCCUGCAGCGUAACGUGUGGAGGAGGGGUGGCCAGCAGGGUGCUGUACUGCGCUGGAGAAGCGGAAGGGGAGGAGAGGGUGGUGGAGGAUUCAGAGUGCCGUGACGCUCCCAAACCCACAGUGCUGGCUUCAUGUAACACCCACCGCUGCCCGGCGAGGUGGAAGGUGAUGGCAACAUCAGCCUGCUCAGCCUCCUGUGAUCUGGGUACAGCACGGAGGACUGUGUCCUGUGUCCAGUCCGUCCACGGCAGGGAGAGAGCGGUGCCGGAGCAACGCUGCGCGGGCGUCAAACCGGCCACCGCAGUUCCCUGUCUGGUGCAGGUGUGCACCUUCAGAUGGGAGGCGAAGCCCUGGAGCCAGUGUUCGGUUCCCUGUGGGUACGGGAUCCAGUCCAGAGCAGUGUCCUGCGUGGGCCCGUCUGAGCCCGAGCCCCUCAGUCCGCUGCUCUGCAUGCACGUCCCCAAGCCCAUCACCAUCCAGGGCUGCUACACGGGGAGCUGCGCGCGUCCAACGGAUGCCCCGCUCGCCGUUGCCGAAGUGAAGGGCACCCCCCCUGCCCCCACCCUGGACCACCGGGAGCCCCCCACGAGCCGUCUGCCUCCAAGCUCAACGAAGGCAACAAUCGCCCCACAGAGCGGCACUGACGCCACCCCCGCGCCCGAACCCCCUCUAUGUGGUCAGCUGCUUCUCCAUGAAUCCGGUACGGUGGAUCUGUCGGACACAACAGGCCGCUGCACGGUGUCCAUAGGUCGACCCCUGGAUGAGGUCAUACACAUUCGACUGGAGUCCAGCUCGUUGAACUGCACAAAGAAGGAGUACGUGGCAUUCUUUGACCGACUGGCCUUCAUCAGGAAGUGCGAGCAGGUGGCAGGAAGCGAGCUGACCACCAGAACCAACGUCCUGCUGGUGCGUCAGAACCUGCUCACGCCCGGGAACGGGGUUAAGUUCACCUACGACUCACGGAAAAACACCAAGAGCCACCAUCAGGAUUGUGACAUUCAGCUGUUUUCCCCCAACGGCGUGUUUGAGAAUCCGAACACCCCCGGCACGAACCACACCUGUCGCGUGCUCAUCAACGCCCCGCCCUCGGUGAAGAUCCGGAUCCAGGCGCUGCACAUAGGAUUAGUAUUCAACAGCAGCAACUCCCAGUCUACAUACAUUAUGAUCCGGGACACGGACGUCUUAAAGACCAACGUGUUUAAAGGCCAACAGCUGUUUCUGUGGCAUUCUUCCGGAAACAUGGCCGAGGUUGAAUUUCAUGGAGACUACCUCCACUCCGCGGGGAGCUUCCGAGCUCAAUAUUCCUUUGUGCGCCCCUAGAUUUCUCUUUAACAUGUCUGUCAAUCACCUAUAUUUUUGUAACAGCCAUUAACUGUCCUCAGGAGUAGAAACACUUUAUUUACA